AUGGAAAUGGAUAACAGUCCCACGAAACUGGAUUACCAUGAUGACAUGUGGAACCUCCAAUCUACUGCCACACUUGUUUCUCACUUGAAGGGAGAUAAUGGGAGGCAUGUUUUGAUAUUGGAUCGGACUAUUUUCUAUCCGCAAGGUGGUGGUCAACCGGCGGACACUGGAUUUAUACGCAUUCAUGGCUUAGAUGUCAAGUUUUUGGUUCAUGAUGUUCGAUCAAAAGAUGGAAUUGUUUUACACUAUGGUUUUUUUGAGGGUUUUGGAGAGGAGUUUGAAACCAUGCCCGAGAAAGGGAAGGAGGUUUCUCUAUUUGUUGACGAGAAUAGAAGAAAAUUGAAUUCUAGGUUGCAUUCAGCAGGACAUUUGCUUGAUAUUUGUUUGCCAAAAAUUGGAUUAGGUCAUUUAGAGCCUGGAAAAGCUUACCAUUUUUCUGAUGGGCCUUGGGUUGAAUAUAAAGGUGUAAUUCCACAAAAUGAAAUGCAGAAUAAGCAAAAGGAGCUAGAGCUAGAAGCUAAUGCUUUAAUUUCCAUGGGUGGGAAAGUUUUCGUUGAUAUAUUACCAUAUGAUGAAGCUGCUACGCUUUGUGGUGGUAUUCUUCCUAAUUAUGUUUCUAAGGAAAGCACACCUCGCAUUGUGCGUAUAGGGGAUAAUCCGGGCUGUCCCUGCGGUGGUACCCAUGUUUUAGAUCUUUCAGACAUUACAAAAAUUAAGGUUUCUCAAAUUCGGUCGAGGAAGGGAUUGACAAAAAUAUAUUACAAUAUUGAAUCUUAG